UGGUACAUUUGGGACCGUACAAGGCAUCUGUGGAUAGCAGUGGGAAUUAUGAUGAGUUCAGAAACGCCAGAUUUUGCUUCUGAGACUACUACUACUACUACUGCUAAAAGCUGGAAAACAAGAGAUAGCCAUGGAUUUUGCUCCUUCCUCUAAGCAUCUUUCCUACGUUCGCUGCAACUUUUGCAACACUGUUCUAGCUGUUGGAGUCCCAUGCAAAAGAUUGGUGGAUACUGUGACUGUGAAAUGUGGUCACUGCAGUAACCUAUCCUUCCUCACCACUAGGCCUCCUCCUCCACUGCAAGCAUCUCAAUUGCUAGAUCGCCAUUACCCACUCCCUCUCCCCUCUCAGGGAUUUUCCAUUGAUUACAGAAAGGGGCAAUCAACCCAUUCUAUGACCUCUUCAUCCACAUCUAGCGAGGAGAUGCCUCCUAUGGCACCUUUUGUGGUCAAACCUCCUGAGAAGAAACACAGACUUCCAUCCGCUUAUAAUCAGUUCAUGAAAGAGGAGAUACAACGCAUCAAAGCGGCCAACCCUGAGAUACCACAUCGUGAAGUUUUCAGCACCGCAGCAAAAAAUUGGGCUAGAUAUGUUCCAGCAACUGGAUCAGCACAUAAGAAUAUUAAGAAUGAACGAAGAAGUGCCAAAGGAAUUAAGGAUCACUUUCAGCACACGAGUUAGGUUACUUCAACUCUUUUGAAGGCAUGAUGAAAUGCUAAGACUAUGAUCAGAUUUCUUAAUUAACUGUUUUUCAUGAAUGCUUUAAGUUUGUAGCUGAACUACUUAAUCAAAGACAAUUAGAUAUCUAUGUAUUUUAUGUAAUAUGUGCCUCUAUCUAGGCCACUAUUCUCAUAUUCCUCUAUGCAAAAUCCUUCCAAAA